GAGAGCUAGCUAGCCAGUUGUUUUGGGGGAAGAAGAAAAGGGCUACAAGCGGAAGAAACACCGGAUUUAGUUUCGGAUAUAAUUCGGUUUAUGGUCUCGGUUUAGAUUUUUUAAUACAUUUCGAAUAAUGUCGACCCCGGCAAGGAGACGGCUUAUGAGAGAUUUUAAAAGACUUCAAGAAGAUCCUCCCACCGGUGUGAGUGGAGCACCAUCAGAGAACAACAUCAUGCUUUGGAACGCUGUUAUUUUUGGGCCUGUGGGAACACCAUUUGAAGAUGGAACGUUUAAGCUUCUGAUAGAGUUUUCAGAGGAGUACCCAAACAAGCCUCCCACGGUUCGAUUUGUCUCCAGAAUGUUUCACCCAAAUGUUUAUGCAGAUGGCAGUAUAUGUUUAGACAUCCUUCAGAACCGCUGGAGCCCCACGUAUGAUGUGUCGUCCAUACUCACCUCCAUCCAGUCGUUGCUGGACGAGCCAAACCCCAACAGCCCAGCCAACAGUCAGGCCGCACAGCUCUAUCAGGAAAACAAGCGGGAGUACGAGAAGAGGGUGACGGCCAUCGUGGAGCAGAGCUGGGUGGACGUCUGAGCGUCUCUCGCUCUCUACUUCUUCCCCUCCAUCACUCUCUCUCUCUUCAUCAUCCCAGUACUCCAGUCUCUCAUUUUUACCUCAUCAAGAAGGAAAUAAAACAGCAACUAUAUCAGAAGAACUCAAGUGCCACCCUGAAAAACAAAAUGAUCUAGAGAACAACCAAACCAGAAUGGACAUUAUCUUGCUUGCCAAUACAUUUGAGGAAAACGAGGGAGGGGAAAUCCAUCUUAUGUUUGUGUUCCUUGUCCUUAAUUUUACUUUUUUUUAUUGCAUGAUGUGAAAUAAGUUAUUGCUAACAGAAUUUGUAAUAUAUCUUUGUUGUUUGGAUGGAUUGAUGCUGUUAGUGUUUGAGUUUUACAGAUUUUGUUUUUUCUUUUGAAGUUUUCACAUUUCUUUUUUCUUAUUUUAUUUUAUUUUUUUUAGCAAUGUUUCCUGGUAUGAACACAACUUGGCUGUUUUGUGAGGGCAGGUUGAUGACCAAAAUCUACAUAUUUAGAAAGCAAUGGAAAAAGAACAACCCAGAACAAGUCACUCAAGUAUUGGUAUUGUUAUUUUAAGGCCUGCCACUGAUGCAGCUGAUAAAAAUAAAAAAAAACAAUCCCUGGGCUGUUCCAGCAGAUCUGUUAUUUUGAGACACACUGUACAGGCUUCGGCUCACAGACGUCACAGGCUGCAACAGCGCCAAGUCUCCCUUGCACUGAUGAAUCAUGAGUCCCUGGCAAGGCAGCUCUGAGCUUUCAUUUUAAUGAUUUUUGCUCGGAGGUAGAAGAUGUCAGACAGGGAGUGUUAUGAGAGAGUAAAUAUUAACACCAGGAUGAGACAAGAUGAACAAGGACGGUGGAGAACAGGAUUGGAUGAAAAGGAAGAGAGCUGAACCAAGGAAAGUGUUCACUGCAGUAAUUGCAUUUUCUUUUAGUCAGCUACAUGAGCUAAUCUUCUCACCGUUGUCCUUCUCCUAGCUUCAUUCAUUUUUAAGGUGUUUUUAAAGUGUAUGUGAGGUAAAUGAGGAUCUCGAAAGGAAUUCAAUAGUGCUUGAACUUAAGAUAUCCUUGAAUGGUUUCAUUAGAGUUCAAUCAUGGUGUAAACAAAGGUAGCAAGAAGAAACCUGUGAAUCUGUAAGACAAGUUGGAUCAGCGGUAAGUCGCUACAUUAAAAAGAAAAAGGAGGAGGCAUGGCUAUUUCCACAAAAGGACACGUAUAUAGAAGUAUCCUCUAGUUUUUUUUAGGUUUUUACAGUUCUUGAGUUACAGAGCUUCUUCUCCUGACGGCUCUUCAGACACUUGAUCUAUAUUGUCUUGUAGUUUCACCCACCUCAGACAGUAAGUCACUUUGUAGCCUGUGACGCAUGUGAGUGAGAGUUAGUGCUUGUGAUCCUUCUCUUAAAAACAACAUAGCUGACCUACUGUAUAACCUGACCAAUGAGCAGAGGAUAAAAUGAGUGCAGUCCAGUGUGACAUCAACUGUUUUCCCAAAAGGUUCAGGUUGUUUUCAUGCCUGCAUUUGUCUCCUGAUAUUUCUAUGCGAUGCCCACUUAAAAGACCACUUGAGUAUAUUACAGUCACGACUUAAUUCAGCCCCACUCCAGCUAAAUAUUCACAGAAGGUCAUCAUAAAACAAGAGAUCAUGUUUUCUGAGACAAUAAAGGUCAUAUUGUGGCUAGUGACUUAUUUCACCUAAAAAAAAAUGAGAUGUUAUUAAAUUUUGUGAAUUAAACAAGAAAAUGUAUACUUAUAACGAUAUGCUGUAUAAACAUAAUAAAACACAUUUUUCAGACUUUGA